AUUCCUUGCAUAUCUUCCUCAUCUCCCUCUAAAUUCUAUCCUCAAUUCCUUUCUCUCUCGUUCGAUUCCAAUUUAGAAACUAAAGAAAAAAAUAUGGGUUUUGAAGUCAGCUGCUUUCUGCCUCUGCAAUCCAUGUCAACCACUUUCUGCAUUUUGUUCUUCUCUUUCACCAUUCUGUUCUCAUUCUUGUCUUUGUUGAUCUUCAUCUUGCGGCUUAUUAAGCCGUGGUGUAACUGUGAGGUUUGCAGGUGUUUUUUGUCGGCCGGUUGGGUUAAGGAUUUCGGUAAUCUUUGCGAUUGGUAUACGCAUCUUCUUCAGAAGUCACCAACUGGGACUAUCCAUGUUCAUGUACUCGGUAACACCAUCACUGCCAACCCAGAAAAUGUCGAACACAUGCUGAAGACCAGGUUCGACAACUACCCGAAAGGGAAACCGUUUUCGGUUAUUCUUGGUGAUCUUCUGGGUCGCGGAAUUUUCAACGUUGAUGGCGAUUCGUGGAGGUUCCAGCGGAAAAUGGCGAGCCUGGAACUCGGCAGUGUCUCGGUUCGGUCCUAUGGGUUUGAAAUUGUUGGCUCUGAGAUCCAGUCCAGGCUAAUUCCUCUCUUGUCAUCCGCGGCUGGCAAAGAAGACGGAAUUCUAGACUUGCAAGACGUGUUUCGCAGAUUCUCCUUCGACAACAUUUGCAGAUUAUCCUUCGGAUUAGACCCAGGUUGUCUCCAACUAUCGCUUCCCGUUUCUAAUUUUGCUGUUGCCUUCGACCUCGCGUCCAAGUUAUCCGCGGAGCGAGCCAUGGCGGUCUCGCCCUUGGUCUGGAAGAUGAAACGGCUGCUGAAUUUGGGCUCAGAAAGGAAGCUAAAGGAAGCCAUUAAAGUGUUGAAUACACUAGCCGCCGAGAUGAAAAAUCAACGGCGCCAAAUGGGCUUUUCAGACCAGAAAGAUCUCCUAUCAAGAUUCAUGGCUUCCGUCGACGACGACCAGUAUCUCCGCGACAUUGUCAUAAGCUUCGUCUUGGCCGGCCGUGACACAGUCGCUUCCGCCUUGACUAGUUUCUUCUAUUUGUUGUCGCAGCAUCCGGGUGUUGAGGCUGCCAUUCGGGAUGAGGUGGAACGGUUCAUUGGGGGCACUGAGGCGGCGGCGUUGAGCUUCGACCAAAUGCGCCAAAUGCACUACUUGAACGCAGCAAUCUACGAGAGCAUGAGGCUAUAUCCUCCAGUUCAAUUCGACUCAAAGUGUUGCCAAGAGGAUGAUAUAUUACCGGACGGUACCUUUGUACGGAAAGGCACCAGGGUUACGUACCAUCCCUAUGCAAUGGGUCGUAUGGAGCGGAUAUGGGGUCCGGACUGUCUCGAAUUCAAACCAGAGAGGUGGUUAAGGAACGGCGUUUUCAAAUCGGAGAACCCUUUCAAAUUUCCAGUUUUUCAAGGUGGAGUUAGGGUUUGUUUGGGGAAGGAAAUGGCACUUGUAGAGAUGAGAAGUGUUGUGCUUGCUCUAGUUCAACGCUUUGAUAUACGGGUUGCUGGUCCAAACCGGGCACCGAGGUUCGUCCCCGGCCUUACAGCCACCAUGAGAGGUGGCCUGCCUGUUCUUGUUCGUGAAAGGGGGGCUUGAUUAACCACACCACCAUUAGAAUUGUUAGAUCAUGCAUAUAUCUGGUAUAAACUAUAAUAUUAGUCUCUAAUUUCCCUGACCAGCCCUGGCCAUUGCGUAGAUGGUACCUGACAAUCAUGAUGUACAAGAUGAUUGAUGUAUAGCAGAUCGGUAUAUGCUUCUUUAUGAUUCUUGUCCAGCAAAUGAACUUACCAUACUGCAAAUCAUGAUUUGAGAUGACUGCUUUUUAUUAAUUGGGGUGGUAGUAUAGGGUAACCCAUUACUCGUUGUGUCAACGUGGGUGGAAAAGC